GUUGCCCAGUUCCAAUCAGCAUUAGUCACAGGCCUCCAAGACCUCUAUACAAAGCAGGAACUAGUGGACGUCACCCUUACCGUUGAAGGGAAGGAGUUCCCAUGCCAUAGAGCCGUCCUCGCUGCCUCCAGCCUGUACUUCAGCGUCGCUCGCGAAAUUGAGGACUAGAUGACCGAAUUUCGAACUUUCAAACGAUGGAUGCAUCAGAAACGCACGACAAAAUGAACGACAGCAAAGCGACUGGUGUACGUCUGCAAUUACCCGAUUCGAGAUGUCCUGAUCGGAAAAACUCCCGAUCAGGUUUUGCUGCGAAUGGCAACAACGUGGAAGAAGUUCGUGGAUUUCAUUCUGACACUUCCGUUAUUUUAGAAAACGAAACGCAUGUCUGUCAAAGCUGUGAUACCGACGUUGCUGACUCGUUCAAUGACAUGAAGGAGACCGGAUCGAACGGCGUUCGAACUCUCGCUUCUCUUGGUUCUAAUUGGGUGUCUGAGGUGCUCAAGCAAACCGGCCUUGCCAACAGAGCUGAUGAAGUUGGAAGCCUUGAUAUUGGUAUUGAUGGAGAAGUGGUCGACAGAAUGGUUGCAGACCAGAGACUUGACAGUCGUGAUGGGGGCUCUUUGGUCACCCUUGACACACAUUCCGGAGAGGAAAUUGAUCCCGGUACAUUGAAACCUGUUGACUCGGAAGACUCGUCUUUCACCGGUGCGUGUUCAGUGCCAGCAAGGUCUGUGCCAGAGAUGGAAACCAGAGAAGGAAUUCGCGGAUGCAGAGAUGCAGAGAUCCUGGAAUUAUCCGCUGCAAAACAGGAAACAGACGGAUCUGUUGAUGUUGACAUUUCAGAGUCAUCUACCGGAGAAAAGGAAACUGCUGCCCUUGAACAAACUGGGUCUGUUGGUGUUGACAUACCUGGUUCAUCAACUGUAAGAAAGGAGGUCACAGACCUUGAACAAAUCGGAUAUGUUGAUGAUCACCUUUCGAAAACGUCUGCUGGACCUCGAACUGCAGACCUCGAACAAAUCGGAUAUGUUGAUGAUAAUGUCAUUUCGAAAUCGUCUACUCCAGAAGAAGACAACCCAGAGGUUCAAAGACUUGAUUCGAUUCAUGUGAAUGACACUGAAUUGUCUGCUGCUUUGCCGAAUGACGAAACAGAUGAAAACCAAAGUCCAGAAACUAUUGCUGGAACAUUUUCUUAUCUUUGCGGUGCUGUUCUGAACGAUAAUUUGGAAGAAAUCAGAAGGCUAGUUUCUGAAGGUCUAGAGGUAGAUAGUUUCAGGGACAGUCGAAAGAGGACAGUGUUGCACUAUGCUGCGGAACGAGGGAUACGAGACAUGAUAGAGGGCUUGGUUGACCUCGGUGCAUCGGUGAACACAGCAGACAUUGUUGGGAAGACACCGCUUCACUGUGCCGUCGGUGCGUUAGCAACUCACUUUAUUCACAAGAAACUUAUUGGCGAAACCGAAUUCAAGGAGUUGGAGACAUUAGAUUCAGAGGAAGCUGUUUUCGAGAGAGUUCAGACUGAGAAGAUAGAAACGAUAGAAUGUUUGCAUCAACUUGGUGCCGAUAUCAACGCAAGAUUUGACCGUGAAGUGACUUCCUUACAAAGGGCUAUUCAUUUUGGGAUUUCCCCUGCAAUAGAGGUUCUCCUUCAGUUAGGAGUCGACGUGAAUGUCAUGAGGUUCACUGGCUUGACGGCGCUGACGUUAGCUAUAGAUCGAAAUGAGCUACCAGUGAUAAAAUGUCUGUUAGACCUUGGGGCAGAUGCUAACGCCAGCUAUCGUCAGGUAACAGCUCUACAUGAUGUUGUUGAGUCAGGACGAGCUGACAUGGUACAUUUACUUGUGGAGCAUGGCGCCAAUGUGAAUGCAAAGAGAUACGAGAGGCUGACUCCACUGUUGCACGCUCUGCUUAUGAAGGUUACAGAUGUCGACGUGUUCCAGUGUUUCGCUAAGCAUGGAGCUAAUUUUAACGCCACACUCGGCAGCGGGACAGCAAUUCAUGAAGCCAUUCUUAGGAAGGACAGAGAGACUCCGACUGCGCUGAUUCAAAAUGGCGCCGACAUUCAAGCCCCGCAGAUGAACAUUACUGCCCUCGGAUUGGCUUUUGUACGAAAUGAUAGAGACCUGAUUGAAUGUUUGGCUGCUUGUGGCGCCGAUGUGAAUUUCAGAUUUGACCUCUGUGUUCCAGCUUUGAUUGUUGCCGAACGGGUAGGAGAUACAGAAAUGGUCAAGGAAUUACUCGGGCAUAGGGCAGACGUCAAUGACUGUCGCCUGCUCGAGGGUGUGACCGCUCUCUAUCAGGCUGUUGACAAACAGAAGUCCGAAAUGGUGAACUUGUUAUUGAAACUCGGAGCUGACAUUACUACCAAAUAUAGCCACAAGGUCACAGCGCUUCAUCAUGCAGUGUCACGUGAUGAUAUAAAAAUGGUGAAAGUAUUAUCCGAUUUCGAACUGAGGGUUGAUUUAAAUGCCACAAGAGUUGAAGAAUAUAAUGUAUUUCAACUCAACGUUGAGAAAUUCGUAGCUGGGGAAGGUGAAGAUAUUGCUCUGGCACUUUUCAAAGCGGCAGACGAUCCAGAUGAAGCAUGUCAGUGUUUGGAAGGUGUGACGGCACUUCACGACGCCAUAUUGAGGCUCUCGAAUGCGGCCAUUUUGGACCCAGAUGGAGAUCUGUCGGCUAAAAAAGAAAUGGUCGAAACGUUGGUGCUAUCUGGGGCGAACAUGAAUGCCACGUUUGGUAGAGGUGUGACGUCACUGCACACUGCCGUUCGACUCCAGAAGCCAGAGGCUGUCGAGGCUCUAUGCAAAUCAGGUAUGAAGGUCAACAACAUGAGGUUCGCCGGUAUCUCACCCCUUUCGUUGGCAUUAGACAGAAAACAGGUAUCAGUGAUGGAGUACCUCGUGGAGUUUGGAGCCGAUGUGACCACCUGUUAUUGCCAAGUGAACGCAUUACAUGAUGCAGUAGCGGCAAAAAGGAAAGACAUUGUAGAAAUCCUCUUGAUACACGGUGCAAAUGCCAAUGCAAAGAAGUAUUAUAAUGUUUCAUUGCCCUUGCACGCCCUCCUGAUGAAGGUCGAUGACGGAGAAGUGUUCGAGUGUUUGGCAAAACUCGGGACGGAUAUGAAUGGGACACUUGGGAGUCGUGCGGCCAUCCACGAAGCUGUAGCAUUGCAAGAUACGGAAUUGGUCGCCAUCUUGCACAAAUAUGGCGGCGAUGUCAAUGCGCCAAGAAUGAAUAUUACGGCCCUGAGUCUGGCGCUUGCUCGCAACGAUAGCACAAUUCUCGAGUGCUUGGUCAAAUGUGGUGCUGACGUGAAUUUCCGCUUUGAUCUCUGCGUCCCUGUGUUGAUUGAUUGCGCCAAAAGAGGGCAGGUGGACAUGUUGCAAUCUCUGGUGAAACAUGGCGCUGACAUCAACGACUGUCGUUUAUUACAGGGAAUCACUGUUCUUUAUCAGGCUGUCGACAAGAUGAAGUCGGAGAUGGUGAAACUGUUGUUAAAUUUGGGAUCUGAUGUUAAUUCUGUCUAUGACCACAAGAUGACAGCGCUUCAUGACGCUGUUACGCGUGGCGAUUUCACGAUGGCGGCGGUAUUGGCGAAUCUUGAAGUAGAUCUCGAUGCAGAGAGAGGAGCAGGUCACAACGUUCUUCAUCACCUUUUAGAAAAUAACUUCAGAAAGGAAUCCGACCCGCGGCCACUAGGGCUGAGGCUCAUUCGGACCUUAGUGAAGGCUGGAGCUGGCGUUGACAUGGGGUGUUCUCGAGGAGUGACGGCCUUGCACGAUGCUGUCAAGCAAGCUAACCUACAGAUGGUGAAGUUCCUGAUCUGUGCUGGUGCUAACCCCAGCCCCGGGCGUGUCCAAGACUACCGACCCAUUCACAUGGUCACGAAACUUGGCAGGCAGGAUCUUGUGAAAUAUCUCUACGUGUUAGGUGCUGAUCUGAAUGCCGCUUACAGCAUGGACGUACGCCCACUCCAUGACGCGAUUCUCCAAAGCAACUUUGAAAUAGUGAAAUGUUUAUUUGAAGCUGGGGCGGAGAAUGCGUUCACGAAAACAGAUGGUUUGACAGCGUUGCAUGUUGCAACGGAAGCUGGUGACAUCGAAAUGAUACGGUUUCUUGUUGGAAAAGGCGCCAACAUUAACUGUGACCACUGGGUACUUUCCCUCCAGGACGCAUCUUCAAAACAAGACAUGUCAGACUCUAUUGCGAGUUCAGGUCCUGGUGCCAUCUCUAAACUAGAAAUUGGUUCCUUAUUGGAUGUUGCAGAUGGAAGGGAAGCUGUUCUGCAAUGUUUACUAGAUUUGGGCAUUGACAAAUGUUUGCAUCAAGGUGGCCAAAAACGUCCAGUUUUUUGGCCCGAUGCCGCACAAAUUGCAGAAGACAGUCUAACGCACUAUGCUCGCAAUGCCUCAAAUGACCCCCUUUUGGUUUCCCAUAUGAAGAACGGUGACCGAAACAGGGGUGCGGCCAGUCCCGAUGACGUCACAACUAACGGGCCUCCUCCAAGUGACAGUGAUCAGAGGCACAAUGAGGAAAUACCGCCAAAGCAGGCGGAUGUGCCACGGAAGCGAAUGGGCUGCGGAAAUGGAGAGUGUAAUCUCUUGUAAUGUGUAUGAUUUACUGGGUAGUCCACGUGCCUCAUAUGACCCAGUGUAAAAUAUCAUACCAGAUACAUCGAUGAUUAGAUAAAUGAUUCAUGUGCAAUGCUAAGUAACUGUAUCAGCGGGAGGUGACAUGUUUGCCUACGGCGCAAUUAUAGAA